CGUCGGUCUUCUUUUAUGCGUGGCAGUUCACCGGCGAGAUUUAAGUCCAACCGAGUGCUUCACAUCAGCGCAGUGAUUCCGAGUCUCCAAGGAGAUGCGUCAACCCAGGCACCUCCGGAUCUUCCCUCAUUCAUAUUCAAAGAACGUAUCGUUUACCUGGGGAUGACACUUGUACCCUCAGUGACUGAGCUCAUACUCGCCGAACUCCUGUAUCUCCAAUACGAAGACAAGACAAAACCCAUAUAUCUUUACAUAAACUCCACUGGAACAUCGAAGGAGGGGCAGAAAUAUGGAUAUGAUACUGAAGCAUUUGCCAUAUAUGAUACCAUCAAAUAUGUCAACUCUCCAGUCCACACGGUGGCAGUCGGCACAGCUUGGGGUGAGGCUGCGAUGUUGCUCGCGUCAGGGGAAAAGGGAAAUCGGGCUGCACUACCUUCCGCGAGCAUCAUGAUCAAGCAGCCCAUCGACGCAUUCAGAGGACAGGCAACAGACCUUGAAAUUCAACGAAAAGAAAUGCGCAAUACCAAGAAGCAGACGCUCGAACUUCUAUCCAAGGGAAUCAACAAACCCAUAGAGGAGCUUGAAAAGGAUAUAAAUCGUCCGAAGUAUUUUAAUCCUUGGGAAGCUGUCGAUUACGGCUUGAUUGACAAGUUGCCCAACAAAUAUGGUCUUUUCAGGACGUUUUACAAAGUAUUCAUACCUUUCCUUCUCCAUGUUUUGCUUCAGGCACGCGCGAGACUUCAUAGCCUAGUAGCCAUUUGGAACCUUGGAGCAUUCCUGCCUUCCCGGGGGAAAAAAGCUUUGCACAACAGGUUGUCGCGUUUGCAGUUGAUUUUAAAAAAUGCAAGGCAUAUUUAUCCUCGCGCUUAA